UCACUUGCCACGCAACGUACAAGUAUGUGAUUUUGAAAGGAAUAACCUGCUGGCAUUUGUCGUCUGCCUGAGAAGCAAAUCAACAGCGACGAUGGGAUCGGAACAGAAGGAUACAGAAAAUGAACCUGCUCAUCCCGUUGAUAAAGGGUGGGCUUGGGUCAUUUUAUAUGCGUCUCUGGGUGCAAUGAUGAUAUACGGAGGGAUACAUCGCGGGUUCGGAAUUUUGUUCGUGGAGUUCCGUAAGAAAUUUGACUCCUCCUCAGCCAGUAUGUCCAUCGUGGUCAGUGUGCAGAUUGCAGUGAUGAGUGCCGCCGGAUUAUUUCUAAUGACCGUGGGAAUGAAAUACUUCAGCAGUCGACAGUGUGUCGUCAUUGGAGGAUUCUUCGUGACAACGUCUCUCAUACUGAGCACAUUUGCCAAAAAUGUCACGCAUUUGGUUUUUACACACAGUGUUCUAAUUGGAUUUGGUUUGGCAGCAGUACUUGGUCCCUCUCUGAUCAUCACAGGUCAGUAUUUCGACACAAGACGAGGAAUCGCCAACGGGCUUCAUACAGCUGCUGCAAGCUUUGGUGCACUAGUUCUUGCCCCUGUAUUCAGAUACUUCAUCGAUGCUUUUGUUUUGAAGGGUGCUCUGUUAAUUUUGGCGGGACUGGCUUUCCACAUCGUUCCUGCAGGGAUGUUGCUACGUCCCCCUGAAUUAUACGAAAAGUGGACCCAUCAGAAAAUGUUGCAAGACGAAAAUAAAAAAGAAACUUGCAGAACUUCUCUUUUGGUCAAAAAAUCUGAUGGGGAGGUCUUAAGUGAAGAUUCAGACGUUAAUGAGACCGAAAAUCCCUCCAUUUUGAAAGAUGGCUGUCAGUCUUCUGUUUCCUCGUCCAUUUUAUUACAUACGUCCAUGAAACCAAAGGAUACCCUUAGUGUUCAUAGUUACGAUAUUCCGAAAAUGUCUAAUAGUAUACAUUAUUAUUCAAAUAGAAGUAUAUGUGAUCAUGACCUUAAACAGAAAGCAAAGAUAUACGGAAGUGCCGAUAUGAUUUUGAUUGUACCUUAUGGAAAAGGGUCAAUAUCUAGUUCAGCUAAUGACAAAAAAUCAGAUAGCGUUUUACUGAAUGGAAAACAUCUAAAUGGACAGCAAACAAAUGGAUAUACCAAUCACGAGGAUGCGAAAGUGAAUGCCGAAUAUCAAAAAGAAGAGAAAAACAUCAGAAAUUUCUUCAAUGCUUCUAUCUUUAAAAAUGCUCAAUAUAUUUUUUUCGCAUUGGGGUUUACAUUAGGGGUUCCAGUGGUUAUAACUGUGGUAUACCUUCCGGAUGUUGCAGAGGAUUGUGGGAUUCCAAGCGACGAUGCCGCCCUAUUAAUAUCUAUUUAUAUGGUGGGGGAGAUAAUCGGGCGAUGUGGGAGUGGAUUUUUCUCAGGAAAAUUAAUACAUCGCCAAAUUGUCAUUGCCAUAUCUCUAUUGAUUGCUGGAAUUGCACAAAAUCUAGUUCGAUUUUUGCAAACAUUCUGGCUUCUAGCUGCCUUUGCUGCUGUAAAUGGUGUAUUUGGAGGUCCUAUACAUGGUCUGUAUGCCUCGGUUGUGGUAGACAUACUGGGUAUUGAAAACCUGAGAAGUGGUCUUUGUGUUCUGCAAUUAUCACAGGGUAUCAUAUGGAGUGCUAUUCUACCGAUCACAGGGUAUCUUCGGGAUGUCUCGGGAGAUUACAUGUUAACUUACCACUUUGUAGGGUCAUUAAGCAUACUCGCCGCUACUAUUUUAUGUGUUAGUCAUUAUAGUGUAAAUAGGUCGCCAAAGGUUAUGGAAGUAGACGUUACAGAAGAAGAAACUUGAGAUUAUUUCUAUUUUUGUUCCUUUAUUUUUUUAAUCUUUUUUUUUAAGAUCCGCCCUCUGUUUUAUAUGCAUCCAAUAUUGGAAUUAUUAAUAAUUUUAAUUUUUUUGUUAUGUACUUCCAAAUUUAUUUUAUAGAUAUAUUUUCAUGAAUAAUUUUUUUUCUUGUACUGUGUAGUGUAUUGUUCACACCAUCAUACCACAAUGGUAUAUAAACCCCGUCUUAAAAUAUUUCUACAUGAACAAGUAUUUUUGUUUUUAAUGUUUUAAACUUAGAGAAACUCUUUUAAUCCAAUAAAUACUAGAUCUCAAAGAAGUAUGUGAUAUUUUAUUUAGAAAAGGAAACUUUUAUAUUAGCCACACUGAUACUUCUUCAUUAGACAGUGUUAAGUGCUGAUGCUUUAACAUUAUAUGGUGAUAAUAUUCUAUUUUCUGAUAUUUUUUUUUUAUUUUAUGAUGAUACUUUGACAUUAUAUGCUGUAACUUUGACACUAUAUGUUGAUACUUCUCCAUUUUAUGAUGAUACUUUGAUAUAUAAUUGUGUUGUUGCCUUGACACUAUAUGUUGAUACUUCUCCAUUUUAUGAUGAUACUUUGACAUUAUAUGUUGUUGCCUUGACACUAUAUGUUGAUACAUCUCCAUUUUAUGAUGAUACUUUGACAUUAUAAGUCUGCACUUUGUACUGCUGUAUUUCCUACAGAUAUUUGCAAACCGGUGCAUCCAAUUUUUUUUAUUUAUAAACAAACUCUAAAACAAA